AUGGUAGCUCCUUGCCUGCUGCUGCGAGGCUCCGCUCUCCAGCCUUUGUACAUGUCGGAGAGCCAGGCGUGGAGUGAGCAGGAAGCCCAUGCGCGCUGUGGCUGCCCUGUGGCUGGGCAGCUACCCCGGGAAAGCCCUGGAGCUGCUGGAGGUGGAGGGAAGCGGAAAGGGAGGAGUAAGAAAUGGAAAGAGAUCCUCAGAUUCCCACACAUCAGCCAGUGUGACGACCUUCGGAAAGGCCUGGAAAGGGACUACAGCAGCCUGUGUGACAAGCAGCCCAUUGGCCGGCUGCUCUUCCGUCAGUUCUGCGAGAGGCGGCCAGAGCUGCAGCGCUGCAUCCACUUCCUUGAUGCUGUGAUCGAUUACGAGCUCUCCCCGGAUGAGCGGCGCAAGGAGAUGGGCGACGAGAUCAUCCGAAGGUUCUUUAAAAGCGAGUCUUCAGACUACAUGCUGGAAAUCAGCCAGGCCCUCAUGAACCAGUGCAUGGAGAACCUGCAGAAAAGUUCCUGUAAAGACCUCUUCAGCAGCUGUCUAUACCCUAUGCACGAGUACCUGAGCGGCGCACCCUUCGCCGACUAUCGGGACAGCAUGUAUUUCGACCGGUUCCUGCAGUGGAAGUACUUGGAAAGGCAGUCGGUGACCAAGGACACCUUCCGGCAAUACCGGAUCCUGGGCAAGGGGGGCUUUGGAGAGGUCUGUGCCUGCCAGGUACGAGCGACGGGCAAGAUGUACGCCUGCAAAAAGCUGGAGAAGAAGCGGAUCAAGAAGCGUAAAGGGGAAGCCAUGGCCCUGAACGAGAAGCAGAUCUUGGAGAAAGUCAACAGCAGGUUUGUGGUCAGCCUGGCCUACGCCUACGAGACGAAGGACGCGCUCUGCCUGGUGCUGACCAUCAUGAACGGGGGCGACCUCAAGUUCCACAUCUACAACAUGGGCAACCCCGGCUUCGAGGAUGAACGCGUCAUCUUCUACGCCGCCGAGCUCUGCUGCGGGCUGCAGCACCUGCACCAGGAGGGCAUUGUCUACAGGGAUCUGAAGCCGGAGAACAUCCUCCUGGAUGAUGACGGACACAUUCGGAUCUCGGACCUGGGGCUGGCCAUUAAGAUUCCGGAGGGCGAGAUGAUCCGUGGCCGCGUCGGGACCGUUGGCUACAUGGCUCCGGAGGUGAUUAACAACGAGCGCUACACCUUCAGCCCAGACUGGUGGGGGCUGGGCUGCCUGAUCUACGAGAUGAUCGAGGGGCAGUCGCCGUUCCGCGCCCGCAAGGAGAGGGUGAAGCGGGAGGAGGUGGAGAAGCGGGUGCAGGAGGAGCAGGAGCUGUAUUCCGACAAGUUCACUGAGGACACCAAGGCCAUCUGCAAGAUGCUCCUGACCAAGGACCCGAAGCAGCGACUGGGCUGCGGGGAGGACGGGGCCGCCCAGGUGAAGCAGCAUCCGUUCUUCAGGACCAUCAACUUCAAGCGUCUGGAGGCCGGGGUCAUAAAGCCGUCGUUUGUGCCAGAUCCUCGGGCCGUGUACUGCAAGGACGUGCUGGACAUCGAGCAGUUCUCCACCGUCAAGGGUGUCAACCUGGACCAAACGGACAGUGAUUUCUACGCCAAAUUCGCCACGGGCAGCGUCUCUAUCCCCUGGCAGAAUGAGAUGAUUGAGACCGAGUGCUUUAAAGACCUGAAUGUGUUUGGACCAAAUGGGAUGCGCUCCCCGGAUCUGGACUGGAAGCAGCUCCCCGAGCCCCCCAAGCGCAGCCUGCUUCAGCGGCUCUUCCGGCGGCACCCGGCUGACUACACCAUCAGCACCAACACACACUCCAACCUCACAGCGGGCGUGAACUCGCAUCCUCCCACGGCCAACUCCGCCUGCCAAGGCCGGGCCAUAGCACAGGCACCUUCCUGA